AUGCUGCGGAAUUUGUUGGCUCUUCAUCAGAUUACCCAGAGAACCAUAAGUACUGUUUCUCGCUGGCAGUUUGAAAAUAAGGUGCCAGAGAAACAAAAACUAUUUCAGGAGGACAAUGGAAUUCCAAUACAUCUAAAGGGUGGGGUGUCUGAUGCCCUCCUGUAUAGAGCCACUAUGAUUCUGACAGUUGGUGGAAGAGCAUAUGCCAUAUAUCAGCUGGUAAUGGCUUCAUUUCCCAAGAAGCAAGAUCGACUUCAAUUUAUUACCUCAAUAGUCAAUUAA